AUGACGGACCAGCUGACCGAGGAGCAGGUGGCCGAGUUCAAGGAGGCCUUCUCUCUGUUUGACAAGGACGGGGACGGCAGCAUCACCACCCGGGAGCUGGGCACCGUCAUGAGGUCCCUGGGCCAGAACCCCACGGAGGCCGAGCUCCAGGGCAUGGUGAGCGAGAUCGACCGGGACGGCAACGGCACCAUCGACUUCCCCGAGUUCCUGGGCAUGAUGGCCAGGAAGAUGAAGGACACGGACAGCGAGGAGGAGAUCCGCGAGGCCUUCCGCGUCUUCGACAAGGACGGCAACGGCUACAUCAGCGCCGCCGAGCUGAGGCACGUGAUGACCCGGCUGGGGGAGAGGCUGAGCGACGAGGAGGUGGACGAGAUGAUCCGGGCCGCGGACGCAGACGGGGACGGGCAGGUGAACUACGAGGAGUUCCUCCGCAUGCUGGUGUCCAAGUGAGGCCGGCGCCCACCGCACCCGGGCUGCCCACCUGGCCCGGACAGCCCGUCGCCCUCUGCGGCGAAAACCCCAGGCCUCGGGUUCCUCCUCCCCCACCCCCAGGUGCCCUGGGCACUGCGGCUUCUCCAGCACAGCUGAGGCAACCCAGCUUCCUGC